GUGUGACUGCCACACAGUACGAUUGCCUCCACUAGUCUCCACCACCGGGCUCUGCCAGUGCUCGCUGUGCUGCAACGUGCCUUCUCCUUCUUGGGGCUUGAAAUCUUCCCAGGCUCUCGCCCAGACCUUCACCUUCCUCCUCUGCUCUCCGGUGUCCUGCUAGCAGAGGGGAGGUACUGGAAUGGAAGUGUCUGCAGCCUCUGUAACCUCUGUAACCUCAAAAAGCCCAUGGAAGCAGUAUCGAGAAAUGAUGGCUGUCUACCAAUGGGUGUUGACUUUCUUCUUCAUGGGCCCUUUCUUUUCUCUUCUCCUCAUCUUCCUCCUGUUCACUUCACUCUGGUCAAUCUCUGUUCUCUACCUGGUGUGGCUCUACCUGGACUGGGACACACCUAACCAAGGUGGAAGGCGUCGUGACUGGAUGAGGAAUUUGACAGUGUGGAAGGACAUGAGGGAUUAUUAUCCUAUCAAGCUGGUGAAAACAGCAGAGCUGCCCCCCAACCAGAACUACGUGGUGGGCAGUCACCCACAUGGGGUCAUGUGCAUGGGGGCUGUCUGUAAUCUCUCCAUGGAAGGCAAUGGCUUCUCCAAGCACUUCCCAGGGAUUCGGAUCUGGCAAACUGGACUGAGUGGCCUCUUCUGCCUCCCAGUCUACCGAGACUACAUCAUGAGCUAUGGAGCGCGUCCUGUGAACCGCCAGAGCCUGGACUUUGUCCUGUCCCAGCCCCAGCGUGGGGAGGCCGUGGUCAUUAUAAUAGGGGGUGCCCAGGAGAUCAUGUUUGCGAGCCCAGGGCAGCACUGCCUCACGCUCCGGAAACGCAAAGGCUUUGUGCACCUGGCGCUGAGGCACGGGGCCUCGCUGGUGCCCGUGUACUCCUUUGGGGAGACUGAUAUCUUC